AUGCAAAUGCGGGAUCAUGCAGGCCCGAUCCUACUCAACAUCCGCAUAUCAUUUACGAGGCAAGAGCUUAUAUAUUGCAGCAACAAACCCAUUCCAAUUGCAAUGGUUUCACUUGACGAUAUUCAGUAUCUUGCCAGUAAUCUUCCGACUUAUGUGCGGGUAGAUAACCAGCUUAAGUAUGCACUUGCAUGCAUUGCAUUCAACCCCAUAUUCUGGAACAUUGCUGCCCGUUUAGAAUACAAAACUAAGGUUAUCACCAAGUUAACUGGUGGAGCCCGCAAUGGAUGCUAUUUGCUUGCCUUGACAAUCUUCUCUUUGGGAAUUUACAGGGACCAAGUAUACCAUCAGGCGCUUCUUACACAGCCAAGUUUCCAGCCAUUGGCGGAAUCUCAAGUUAUCAAAGCAUUGGCAAUUGCAACUUUUGGCUUUGGUAAUGUGUUGGUGUUGUCGUCUAUGUGGGCAUUGGGAGUCACUGGAACUUAUUUGGGCGACUAUUUUGGUAUUUUGAUGGAUCAUCGUGUUACUGGAUUUCCAUUCAAUAUCAAUGAUAACCCCAUGUAUAAUGGAUCCACAUUGUGCUUUUUGGGUACUGCUUUGUGGUAUGGAAAACCAACAGGAAUCUUGGUAGCGUCGUUCGUUUUCGUGAUGUACAAAAUUGCCUUGAUGUUUGAAGAACCAUUCACGGCCAAGAUCUACGAGCAAAAAAAUAAAAAGGAGUUAUAG